AUGACCAUCCAUGUCACUCUCGAUCCGCUGAACGCAUUCUUCGACUACACGAACCCAAGUCACCCAUGGCAAGUCGAUCGUCAGCUCCUUCCCGAAGAUCCAUUCUUCUUCAGCAUGGAAGUAUUUGACCCUCUUGCCCCGGUUUCCAAGCGAGCUCCACUGGAAACCGUAUUCACCGCCUAUGGGCGAGUUUUCGUGGUGAUAGUCCCAUGCCAGAUCUCGGCUUUGCACUUUGGGAGCGUCGGUUCUGGAUCCUCGCUGCCGCUGUUGAAAAGGGGUUCACCGUUUGUUCCCAAGACAACCGACUGGCUCGCGGAGGUUACUGCGUUGGUGGGUCGACACCCGUGGCGUGCAAACUGGGUGUACCGACCGUUCGAUCACCCGUACAGCACGACCUACGUGCCAUGCACUCGAGAGGCUCGGAUCUUCUGCCCUCGCGGUGUUGAUGCCGCGAUGGCUAACCAAAUUGCUAGGGCGAUCAUUGCCAACCCGUGUUUGCAACCUCCUGAGUUAAUCCCGGACUGGCAAGAUCGCUAUCUCACGGGAGCAGUGCCUGGUGAUUCGACUGCGGCUGCGUCGACAGUAGACAGCGGUGUCGACGAUUCAAGUACUUCCGCUCUUCCGCCCGCAGCUUGCUUGUCUUCUCGCAAUGAAGAAGAGAAGGAGAGCAGCGGUGACACAUCUCGGGGCGUGCUUGCUGAAGCUGCUCGGCGACUCUCGUCUGAUUGA